AUGUUCGGUUUUAAUAAACCUUUCCUUCUCUUUACCAGAGAGAAGAUGGCUGACAUUGCAUAUCAGAUGAUGACAGAGUUCGGCCAGACUUGUGGUAUAGGGUUUUUGCCCACCGUUGUGCUGUCAGCAAGCACCUUAGCUUUGCUGACCAAGGGGCCUGCAGUAAUGAGGUUCAUCACAGAGACGUGGAGACAGGAGGAGGAGGAGGAGGAGGGGAACCCCCUCCACAGAUGUGUGUCCCGGGAGUCGCUAUCUCCUACCCCCUCCGGCGAAUCUCUCCCCUCCCCCAAACUAUCAAGCUGCGUUGACGGGGGGCGCGGCUCAGACCUUGCACCGACCUCAUCGACUCCAUUGUAGAUUUAUUCAGAUCGUUGUUAUACACCCCCCCCCCCCUCUUUCAGUAACUUUUUAAAUUAAUUUCAAUGAAUUAAAUCCAAAAGUAUUGUAAAGAAUUUUUUUUAAAGUACAUGAAAGUACAUUCUACAUUCCAUUUGAAAUUAAAUAUAUUUUAUAAUUUAGCAGAUUGUCACAUAAAUAAUUAUAUUUUCUUCUAUUUUUUAAGAAACGUUUGUAAAGAAAACUUGAUUUAUAUUCGUAAAUUUGAAUUAUAAUUUGUGCACAAUUUUAAUAUAUCUAAAUUCUAUUUCUUACUUUAUGUACAAUAACAAUUUUUUAAAUCGUCCGAUAGUGCGUCAAUUUGCCACCUAAGAACGGAUGGAAUAAAUUCGGAUAAAUAUGGUAAAUUUGUAUGUACAUGUACAACCGUCAAAUAGUCAAUUUGUUAUUGAAAAAA